UCUACACGCAUAAUUUCUUCGCACUGGCACCAGGGGCAGGGCAGGAUGAGCUCCGGCGGCUGCUCAACGUGCCUGGAGAUCAUCGCCGCCGUGCUCCCGCCGCUCGGCGUCUUCUUCCGGUUCGGCUGCUGCAGCUCGGAGUUCUUCAUCUCGCUGCUGCUCACGGUGCUGGGCUACGUCCCGGGCAUCGUCUACUCCGUCUAUGUCGUCUUGAAGACGCGGCUGGAGCUGCCGGGCAUCGACGGCGACCGCCCCUACUACAUCCUCGCCUGAGAAGCUCCUCCGUGCAUACUGUUGUACACUGUGUCGUUGUCGCCAUUGGUGGGACUGGAGAUCGAUGGUUUGUCAUUGCGUCGUGGCCGGUGGUUGUACCUGCAGUGCUGUUUCUUAUUGAAUGGACUGGUGCAUGCUGCGUAA